UCAGGUUUAAGCGAGUUAUACAAAAACAAAAGAAAUCAGUUUUAUAUGUAAGCAUAAAAACUAAGCACUCAUACACUAACUAAACGCAAAGAUCAAUUUAACAUAGACGAGAAACUACAUCUCUACGUUCCAAUCAAACGAAGAAAAAUUCAAAAUUAGCGACACAAAAUGAAUCAAUCAUCAAAGAUUUACCUCAUCGAAGAAGAAAGAUGCUCUUCAGUGAGACGGAGCAGUCUGUUCCUGGUGGUGGUGAGAUGAUUUGGAAGGAGCCAAAGCUUUGUUGUAGAUCUGCUCACCGACGAGAUAAACGCAGAAGGCGGCGACGCCGAUUCCAAGUCCGGGAAGAGCGUGUCUCAUUUGAUUCGAAAGCAUCGGAUGCUUCCUCCAUUCAUCUCUUCGCCGGAAAAAUUCGCCGGUUGUUCCCAAAGGCUUCGCCAUUUUCUCAGCUUAUGACUCUGGUUUAUGGGAAGACAACAUAG